AUGUAUGUGAAAUGGUUUGAUACAGUAAUGUUUUACUAUGUUAUUUUAGUGAAUUUAGUGAAUGUCACUUUUUGUCAUUUUCAAAUUUCCCGACGUUCUGUCCCUGUACGUCCUGACGUCGCAGGGGACGGAACCCAGAAGACAGAUGCCGGCAUCCGCCAGAGGACAUUACAGGGGACACUGCAGGAGGGACAUCGCGGGAGCGCAGAACAAGGUAAGAACAGAUCCCGGAGCAGCGACGCAUGGUAAGCCCGAGUGUAGCUCGGGGUUACCGCUUGUGCUACACUCGGGAAUACCGCCAGGGAGGCUACGAAAA